AUGGCCACCUGCCCCGUUCUGCAGAGGCACACCCUGUUCCAGUCGGGACACUAUGUCUACAGAAUCCCCGCUCUGCUCUGCCUGCCCCGGCAGAAGACGCUGCUGGCCUUUGUGGAGCAGCGGAGCAGCAAGAAAGACGAGCAUGCCGAACUCAUCGUCCUGUGCUGUGGCAACUACGAUACGUGCCCCCAUCAGGUCGAGUGGCAUGCACAGGAAGUGGUGUCCCAUGCACAGCUGGUGGGCCACCGGUCUAUGAACCCCUGUCCGCUGUAUGACGAGCACACAGGAAUUCUCUUCCUCUUCUUCAUCGCCGUUCCUGGGCAGGUGUCAGAGAACCAUCAGCUCCACAGCCGGGUCAAUGCCACUCGGCUGUGCUACAUCACCAGCCCUGACCUCGGGAAGACCUGGAGCUCUGUCACUGACCUCACCGGCUCUGUCAUCGGCCGGGCCCACCAGGAGUGGGCCACCUUUGCGGUGGGCCCUGGGCACUCCCUGCAGCUCCAGGACGGCAGCCUGGUGGUGCCUGCCUAUGCGUACCGGAACCUGUCCCCCAACCAGAAGCCCACCCCGUAUGCCUUCUGUUUCUUCAGCCGCAACCAUGGGCUCAAGUGGGAGAUGGGGAACUUUGUGGCCCCGAAUACGCUGGAGUGUCAGGUGGCAGAAGUUGUGGCUCAGGGGCAGGGGCUGUUGUAUCUGAAUGCCAGGAGUCCCCAUGGGGCCAGGGUCCAGGCCCAGAGUGCCAACGGUGGGCUGGAUUUCCAGGAGGCUCAGGCUGUGAGGAAGCUGGUGGAGCCGCCGCAUGGCUGUCACGGGAGUGUGGUCAGCUUCCCCCGUCCCACAGCAGGCCCGGGCUCUUCGGAGCAGUGGCUGCUCUACACGCACCCCACUGAUCCCCAGCACAGGCUCAACCUAGGCGCCUACCUCAACCAGCAACCGCCUGAGCCUGGCGCCUGGUCGCAGCCCGCUCUGCUGGCUCAGGGCAUCAGCGCCUACUCAGAUCUGCAGAGCAUGGGACCUGGGCCUGAUGGGUCGCCCCUCUUUGGGUGCUUGUAUGAGUCCGGGGAUUAUGAGGAGGUCAUAUUCCUGCUGUUUACCCUGAAGCAGGUCUUCCCUGCCACUCUGUCUGGGUCCCAGUGA